GCAGACGCGUUUCUCUCUCUCUUUCACCUCCUCCAGGCGGGCCAUCCACCCAUCCAUCGAUCAAUCGAUCCUCGGGCUCGAAAAAAUAACAAAAAAAAUAAAAAAUAAUAACAAAAGUACAAAGAUAAAGCAAAAAAAAAACACUGCGUAGCCGAGCAAAACAAACGGCAAACACUGCUUGCAAAUCGAAAGCAAAAAAAUUUGAAAAAAACCCAAGCGAAACGGAAAGAACCGCUUGCAAAACGGUUAGCAGAGUGAUCAACACGCUUUUUGUGUCCUUUUUUUUUUUUGGUAUUUUCUUUUGUGUGUGCUCCACUUGCGAUCGUUAAUUGUUGACCGCGUGCAUCGCCCCCCGCCGCCCCCCGCUGCUGUCAUUACCGUCAACCCAUCAGCGGACAGCAGCAGCAGCAGCAACAGCAGCAACAGCAGCAACAUCAGCGGCAGAAGUAACGGCCACCGUUCGAGUGCAACCGUUUUCGAAAGUUGCCGCUAACGCAUCCUGUUUGUCAGCCUGCGGAAUUUGGAAUUGGAAUUGGAAUCGGAACUGUAACUGGAACUGGAACAGCCAGGGGAAACGUCGGAAUCGGGCCAAGGACCUAAAAGAAACAUCAUCAGCAGCAGCAGCAGCAGCAACCACCACAGUAACGGCAGCAACAUGCAACAUCAACAUCAGCGUCCGCAGCAACAACACAGACAAGUGCGCUGCAGAAAUCUACGAAGAAACGUAGAAAUCGGCGCUAAGAAGAUUUGGCUGCCGCUUAUCAUUUUCCUUUCACUGCAGGUCGCCCUCGUCUGCGCGGACGAUGUGGAGGUGGUGAAGGCCAUUGCCGGCGGGCCGGACGACGAUCUGACCAUCGCUCUCGGGGACCACGAGAACGAGCUGGACCAGAUGGCCCAGGAGUCGGAGCAGGAGCAGCAGGCCCAGGCGCAGCAGCAGCAACAGCAACAGCAACAGCAGCAGCAGCAGCUGCCGCAGAUCCAGAUGCAGUUGCCCCAGUCGGUGCCCAAGGUGCAGGUGCACUACCCGCACAACAUGCCCCAGCCACCCCCGAACGUGGCCGUGGGCCUCACCAUGCGCAACAACCACCAGAACAUUCCGCUGAGCUUUGGCCAGCCCUUCGGACCGCCUCCGCCGCCCGGCGCCCAGUUCUACAAGGGACCGCCGCCGCCGCAGCUGCAACAGCGACCCCAGCCGCCGCCGCAGUUGCAGUUGCAGGUGCAGCCGCAGCAGCAGCAGCAGCAGCAGGGCCAGCAGCAGCAGGUGCAGGUGCCCGACCUGAGCGUGGGCGCCUCCAGCAACAACGAGAUCUGGGCCGCUCCCGUGCAGGACAUGCCCAAGAUCGUGUCCCUGGACGUGAAGUGCGAGAAGAACGGCAUGAAGGUGUUCGUCCAGUUCGACAAGCCCUUCAACGGCAUCGUCUUCUCCAAGGGCCACUACAGCAACAUGAACUGCGUGCACCUGCCCUCCGGGCUGGGUCGCAGCUCGGCCAGCUUCGACAUUGGCCUCCACGAGUGCGGCACCGCCGGGAAUACGGACAACUAUGGCCAGGGCUAUGGCCACGAGGCGGGCAGCACGGGGGCCGGCACCUACUUCGAGAACAUCAUCGUCAUCCAGUACGAUCCGCAGGUGCAGGAGGUGUGGGACCAGGCCCGGAAGCUGCGCUGCACGUGGCACGACCAGUACGAGAAGAGCGUGACCUUCCGGCCCUUCCCCGUGGACAUGCUGGAUGUGGUGCGGGCCGACUUUGCCGGCGACAACGUGGGCUGCUGGAUGCAAAUCCAGGUGGGCAAGGGACCGUGGGCCUCCGAGGUGUCCGGCCUGGUGAAGAUUGGCCAGACGAUGACCAUGGUGCUGGCCAUCAAGGACGACGACUCCAAGUUCGACAUGCUGGUGCGCAACUGUGUGGCGCACGACGGCAAGAGGGCGCCCAUCCAGCUGGUGGACCAGCGGGGCUGCGUCACCCGGCCCAAGCUGAUGUCGCGCUUCACCAAGAUCAAGAACUUCGGGGCCUCCGCCUCGGUGCUGUCCUACGCCCACUUCCAGGCCUUCAAGUUCCCCGACUCGAUGGAGGUGCACUUCCAGUGCACCAUCCAGAUCUGCCGCUACCACUGCCCGGAGCAGUGCUCGGCGGAGACGAACCUGCAGGAUGUGCACCACCUGCAGGUGGGCCCGGAGUCGCAGUACGGUCCGCCGCCGCAGCUGCAUGUGGAUGCCUACCAUGUGGCCAGUGCGAUUGGCAAGCGGCGGGACGAGCGCCGGGUCCAGCGGCGGGCUCGAGCGGUGGCCGAGCCGCAGGUGGGCCUCAACAGGAUCAUCAAGGUGGUCUCGUCGGGCGACCUGACCUUCGCCAUCGACGAGCAGGCGGGCGGUAAUGGCAAUGGCUCCUCGAACGGUUCGUCCAACGGCGGUUCCGGCGUGGAUCGCAGUCCACAGACCAUGGUGUUCCCGCUGCGCGAGGAGGGGCUCAUCUGCAUGACCACGCCGGGCUUCGCCAUCACGCUGAUUGUGCUCCUGGGCAUCCUCAUCACGUCCUGCCUCACCUCCGCCGUGCUCUACGUCCGCCUGCGCCCGUUCUCCUCGUUCGCCGCCAGCGCCAAGGAGCGGGCCGUCGCCUUCACGAAUCCCCAGCUGGCCCCGCUGCCCGUCAUCCAGCUGCCCUCGCCGGCGGAUCUGCAGGGCACGCUCUCCAAGAAGCGGGCGAUGUCGUGAGCACGCCCCCGACUGUGCGACUGGAGCUAGAUCCGCGGGCGGGCGACGCACGAUUUCCGGCGGUGGUUGGGCACUGGCAACAGUGGUGGUCUCCAGGGGAUCAGGUCUUGGUUUCAGUUAGGUUCUAGGGAAGAUAGCACCACCAGUUAACUAUUCAUCAGAAAUAUUUCCAUUUUUAAAUGAUAUAAUAUUUAAAGUCAAAUUAAAAUCAAUUGAAAUAACAAACAUUAAAUAAUAUACAAAGUAUGUAUAAUAUCUUAAGAUUUUAUCACUUUAAAAGGUAAAUUUUUAAAGAUCAUAGUUAAUUAUAUUUUUGUUUAUUUACAAACUUUGAAUAAUUAUCAUUUACUCCAAAUUAGUGUUGUCUUCCUUCAAUCAAAUCUUAGAUCACUUACCAACACUUUAUUUUUAAGGGUUUUCAAAGAAUGCCAGUGUUGGAUAAAUCAUAGAAUACUGUUUCUAUUUGGCGAUAACAAAUUACUUUUUGUGUCAAUUGGAUUGCUAUUUAAGGAUCUAUAAUUUUACUAACAAAACCAGCUAAAGACCUUGAUACUCGGAUGUAACUGCCAUUGGUGCCAUCACUAGCCGCCGCAUAUCGAUAGCGCCUUCGUUUCCGUUUCCGGUUCUAGGUACAGUUGUGUCUGCGUCUGCGGCUCUUAAAUUUGUAGCGUACACUUCGUUAGUAUAAUUUUUGAUACAAAUCAUUUAACAUUAACUCAAGCCGUUUACUGGGUUCUCCUUUUCCAUGUCCCCUUCGCCCAUCUCCCUUAGACUCUACUCUUACUCUUAGAAACCUUAUCCCGACACCACUCCCCCUUCGCCUGUCUUUUCCGACACUCUCUUCCCUUGGUGGCAGUCGAUAAUCGAUUAUUUUUGUUUUAGUUUAAGCCUAGGUUCUAUUUCAUGUUAAACGGUGCUAAGCCAUGAUCAGCCCAUCAUACCCAUCUGACAAUCACUUGUAGCUUUCUUCAGCAUUUGAGCCGAUAUAAUUCAUUACUUAGAGUAUUUCUCGUAAGACUCUCUUAAGACUUCGUAGACACGCAUACAUACACAUUUUGCACACACACACACACGCAGCAUAUGCAUAACAAAUAUACACUUGAAUUAGUCACUAAAUAUUUUAAGCGCUUUAAGCCGUAGACUAAGCCGAAUACUUCUGCGUCCCACUGUCAGCCAUUUCCCCAGACCCCUGGAUCUACAUUAUCAGUUAGUACGCCCCGUAGUCCACUUAUUUAUUUGCAUAAUGAUUUAUACAUAUCGCAUACAUACCCGCAUAUAUACCGCCUUAUAUAUAUCUUCGAUUUUUUUUGUCUACUUUUAUAAGCCGAGCAAAGCGAGUGAGA